GACCAGCAGAACAAAGGUACUCCAUUCAUCAGCUGGAAUUUCUUUCAUUAAAGUGGGCAGUCGUGGACAAGUUCCAUGAUUACUUGUAUGGGGCUAAGUUUCAUGUCAGAACUGAUAAUAACCCACUUACAUAUGUGUUGACGUCUGCUAAGCUGAAUGCAACAGGCCACAGGUGGCUAGCAGCUCUUGCAACGUAUGAUUUUAGCAUUCAGUAUAGACCCGGAAAGAACAACACAGAUGCUGAUUUGUUGUCUAGGAGAUUUGUGGAUGAGGAUGAAGCAAAUAAGUGGAUGGACAUACCUGUGUCUGGUGUAAAGUCCUUAUGUCAGUGGGUGAGUUCUCAGGUGUCUUUGGAAGCCAAUCUCCGAUAUGUGGAACAGCUAGGAGCCCCUCCAGAGUCUAUACCAGAAGCUUACGCCUAUCCCACCAGGUUGGAGCUUAAUUCUUUACAAUUGCUGUCUCAGCCGGAGUUAGUUAAAGCUCAGAAUGAAGAUCCGACGGUGAGACAAGCAAUAACUGCACUGAAGGAAAGUAAGUGGUCAACCAAAAUAACAGAUCCCGAGGUGGUGGCAUUGAGGCAUGAAGCUGGAAAACUACUGAUGAAAGAUGGAUUGCUUCAGCGAGUGACCAAAAAGUCUGAUAGAGAAUUCUUUCAAUUGGUUUUGCCCACCAAGUUCCGAGAAGUAGUUCUUAAAGCCAUGCAUGAGGAUUUAGGUCAUCUGGGGGUAGAAAGGAUUACUGAACUUUUGAGAAAUCGAUUCUAUUGGCCCAAGAUGUCUCUUGAUAUACAAGAAUAUGUCAAGAACUGUGGAGCUUGCAUCACUCGUAAAAGUCCAUGUCAAAGAGCUGCUCCAUUACACCAGAUAACGAGUAGUGGACCAAUGGAUUUGGUGUGUAUCGAUUUUCUUUCUGUGGAGCCAGAUUCAAAAGGUUUGGGCAACGUGUUAGUAAUUACCGAUCACUUCACACGUUAUGCACAGGCGUUUCCCAGUAAGAAUCAAAAAGCUCUUACUGUUGCUAAAAUACUGGUUGAGAAAUACUUCAUUCAUUAUGGUCUACCAGCACGCAUUCACUCAGAUCAGGGCCGUGACUUUGAGAGUCGGCUGAUAAAGGAGUUGUUAAACCUGCUUGGUAUAAGAAAAUCAAGGACAACGCCGUAUCAUCCUCAGGGCGACCCGCAGCCUGAGCGGUUCAAUCGUACCCUCUUAGCCAUGCUUGGAACCUUGAAUGCUGAGAAAAAAACAAAAUUGGAGCCAACAGAUACCCUACUUGUUGCAUGCUUACAAUAGUACCAAGAAUGAUGCUACCGGGUACUCACCCUAUUUCCUGAUGUUCGGGAGAGAAGCCCGGCUACCUGUAGACAUCUGUUUUGGCACUUCAGCAGAUGGGAUGGAUGAUGUGUCCCACUCACAAUACAUCAGCAAUAUGAAAAAAGAUCUAAAACGGGAGUACCAGUUAGUAAUGGGAGAGGCUGAGAAAGUCCAUCAAAGGAAUAAAAGAUCAUAUGACAAACGAGUGUCUUUCCAAUCCUUGAAUUCUGGGGAUCGUGUGUUGAUCAAGAACUUAGGGUUAAAGGGUAAACACAAGCUUCAACCCAGAUGGAGUCCAGUACCCCAUGUAGUCUGCGAGAAACUCCCAAAUAUACCAGUAUAUCGGGUAAAACCUGAAGUAGGAAGCGGAAAAGUCAGAACACUUCACAGAGAUCAACUGUUACCCAUAGGGCAACUGGUGAGGUGGCCACAAAGCAAAGUAGAGAGAAACCCGGUGAGGAAGAAGAAAAGGAUUGAUGUUGAUGCUCCAGCACUGACAAAUGAAGAUGUAUUAUCCUCUGAAACUUCCUCUGAGUUUGAAUACAAUGUUUCAAAACCUUACAGAUCAAAGCUGGAGGGAACACUGAAAAAGAACGACCCUUUGCCCAGUAAGUCAGAAUUGGUAUGGCAGGAGGGGAACCUGCUCCACGAAAGCCUUUCUACUGAGGAAGGACACUUGUUACAUGAAGAGGAUGCAGAGAGCGACUUUUCAAGUUCGUCCAAUUCCUCUGUAAGAGAUGAAGAGGAAAGUGAAGAAGACACAAGUGGGGAGGAAGAAGAAAGUGAACCAGUUAGGGAAAAAAGGAGAAUAAAGCCAGUUGUUAAACUCACCUAUGAUGAGCCUGGGAGGUCAAAAGAUCAGCCCCUAACUAUUGUUCACAGAGGAGUAAUAAUUCAAAUAGGAAAGAAAGUAAAUCACAAGAAACGUAAACCAGUAGUGUAGGUAAUAUGCCAAAAGAAAUGUAGGUAGUCCACAAGUCUGUAUGGGGACAUCCAGACAUUUAAAGGGGGGAGGGUGAAGCCCGGUUGAAGUUUAUUCAUUUGAUUUAGUAAUAUUUCCUUUAUAUUAUUUUCUAACAUUUUUAUAUUUUAUUAAUAUAUAUUGUAUGUGUAUUGGUUUCCUCAUAUAACAUUAUUGUAAUAAAAAAGAAGAAGAAAAAUGUAUAAUUAUGUGUUGAGUUAAAAGUACUUGCCGUUGUUAAGAGCGGGGAUUGGUUAAACGCUGAAGGGGGCGGGGGGAAAAAAAGGUGAUCCGGAAAAGACGAGGUGACAGCUAAAACUGGAAGAGAGACCGCGUCGGAGCGCUAGCUUGCUAAAAAUACCAUUCUAUGACGGUUGUCCAUAAGAGAACUGAUCUAAAGUUGGUAAUGUUGUUUGAACGUGAGGGGAUAGCAAUUUCCCCUCUGACUAUGUGACUGAGUGGCGCGCAAUUCUUAAGAAACAGCGCUGGUCGCACGUGAGAGAUUAAUGAGGUCACGUUUGUGGAAAACUACCGUGCAUCGUUUCUCUUACCAUAUCCAUAGAAGACAUCCCAGAUAGCGCCCUGAGAUACCAGGGAUUCUCAGUGGUUCCUCUGGCAACGUGGGACGAGUUGAUUGAUCUGCCGUCAGUUCUUUGGACCGUGAACUCCUUUGCUAAAAGUCCGUUAUGAAAGCCGGCUCGAACUAACAAUCGGUAAGACAGCUGUGUUUUUUUUGCUCAUUGAGCGAAGUGGCAAUCCAUUUUGUGCCUCAACGAUCGCCAGCACCGCAUCAGGCCUGCAACAGGAUGUCCAAUGUUUGGCAGCUGGCGUCAUGGCCAUAUCAGCGGUGAGUCUUUCUUCAUCCCACCAAAAGAUCUUCCAAUUAAUUUGAUGUCGGCUUUACCUCCAGGAACCACCGAUGACACCCAAUUACAAAAUUAUGUAUAUGCCCACAUAGCAAAUGGACUUGGCCCACAUGUGGCCUCAAGGUGGCCCUGCUGGCCUCCUGUCGGGAAUGGCAUGUACCCUUUCAGCCAGAGCUGGGCCAUGUGUGGCAAUGACGGCAUGGCGGGGAUCCAGCAAACAACAUGAGAGCCAAUUGUUGAUGGGAGGAAUGUGGCCCAGAUCAGUCCAGUGAUAUGUGGCCCAAAUCAGGCUAAGAUCUGGCAGCAUAUUAUGUGACCCAUGAUAAACAAGAUAAAUACAAAGUCUUUGAAAUGGCAAGUCGAAACAGAAUGAAACAUCAUUCAAAAAUUAAGCAAACCAGUCAAUUGCAUUAAACUGCACUUAAUUAUAAUUUUAUUACAUUUUAAUUUAGUAUUAUUUGUACAAAUAAUCUUAGAAUCCUUACAUGAAAAGAAAGAGAGAUAGAGAGUAUUUAACUGUAAUCAUGUAAUAUUUAUUUGGUUUACUAUGAGACACACACUGAUCUAUAAUAGAGAGUGGGUUCACAUAAUUUUUAUUAGUAUGCUCUCAUGCACAAGCAUUAAAUAAAAUUAUCAUGAAAGUAUUUUAUUUUAAUUUAAAUCCUGUAUCCAUUUGAUACUUGGUGUGAGGAACAGAUCCAAAUUCAAAACGCAUUCAUUGGUGAUAUGUCUCCUUACUCUGUACUAGCUAUAGUAACUAUUUAAAAAUGUGCCAUUAAGAAGUUUUACAACAAGUUUUACGGAAGCAAUAUCAAAUGGUCAUAGGCUCUCAUCGGUUUCGUCAGAGAUUGCAAGAUGACGUGUUUCUGGUUAUGCGUGUUAUGAAUGAGAAACGCGUGCCUUGAGGGAGUGGAUCGGGAUAGUAUUUUCAGCGUUUAACAACUUAAACUAUGCCCUGCUCCUCGCACAUCUAUUAUAUUCCGCAAUGCAUCGUCAUUUGGACUACUGUGGUACUGCUCUUUGUCACA